AUAAUAGUGAAGAUCCAGGUACUAGGUUUUAGAGAGUAAUUUAAGUUGAGGCGCUAAUCCCUUCAACCUCUGUCUCUUUCCUUACAUUGCCCACCGUUCUAGGGUUUUUGUUCUUUCUGCAGGUUUGUGUUUUUUCGGUAUUCUCCAAUAAUGAGUAACAACAAGGAUAAUCUCAACAUGUCCGAUCUCAAAGCUGGACUGAAUGCUGAGGAUCGAGAAGACCUAAUUAAUGCUCUGAAAGAUAAGCUUGAGGAUCUUGUUUCCCAUGAGGUGAUCGAAAAAUUAUCUCCAAAGGUCAGGAAGCGAGUCGAGGUUCUCAGAGAGAUCCAGAGACAACAUGAUGAAUUAGAGGCAAAAUUUUUUGAGGAGAGGACGGCACUUGAAGCUAAGUAUCAAAAACUCUAUCAACCACUAUACACUAAGCGAUACGAAAUUGUGAACGGAGUUGUCGAAGUUGAAGGUGUCACAAAUGAUGAAACUGCAGACAAAGGAGAGGAUGAAGCUGAAGGAGGGAAAGGGGUGCCUGAUUUUUGGUUCACUGCAAUGAAGACUAAUGAUGUGCUAUCUGAGGAGAUUACCGAGCGCGAUGUAGAAGCUCUCAAGUUUCUCAAAGAUAUCAAGUGGAGUAGGAUAGAUAAUCCCAAGGGUUUCAAGCUUGAAUUUUAUUUUGCCACCAAUCCUUACUUCACGAACUCUGUUCUUACUAAGACAUAUCACAUGAUCGAUGAAGAUGAACCUAUUCUAGAGAAAGCAGUAGGGACGGAGAUUGAAUGGUGUCCAGGGAAAUGCCUGACACGGAAGCUCCUUAAAAAGAAGCCUAAGAAGGGUUCAAAGAAUGCAAAACCAAUCACUAAAACCGAAAACUGUGAAAGUUUUUUCAACUUCUUUAGUCCACCACAAGUCCCCGAGGAUAAUGAAGAUAUUGAGGAUGAUGAUGCUGAAGAACUUCAAAAUCUUAUGGAACAAGAUUACGACAUUGGGUCAACCAUUCGAGAUAAAAUUAUUCCUCAUGCUGUGUCGUGGUUCACUGGGGAGGCUGCUGAGGAUGAGAUUACUGAUGAUGAUGAUGAAGACGACAAUGAAGAUGAUGAUGAUGAUGAUGACGACGACGAAGAUGAUGAUGAAGAGGAUGACGACGAGGAUGAUGAAGAUGACGAGGAGGAGGAGGAUGCCGAUGAAAGGAAGACGACGAAGAAGGUAAUGAAGAGUGGAAGAGCUCAGAUUGGGGAUCCUUCAGAGUGCAAGCAGCAGUAGCUUUUAAUUGCAAUGGCAAGGUUUGCAGUUGGGCGUGGAGUUGUUGAUGGAUGAUUGAAAGGAAUUUUUUGCUCAGAGUCAGUGUGUGCGUGAUGAAGAUUUGAGUUUCUAGAAUAGGAAUGGGAGUUGGGGGUGAGCGAUCAGUUUUGGGUGUUACUUUCGUUCAGAAUUAUUUAUUAGUCAUAAUUGAGCGAUCAGUUUUGGGUAUUACUUUCCGUUCAUUAUAUAUUCAGAAUUAUUUAUUAGUUAUAAGAGUCCCUCUUCAUUUUUUGGUUUUGCGAAUGUGUUCUAGUAGAUAGUUGGAGAUGUUCCAUGAUUUGUCAGGUGGAUUCUGAUGCAAAUUGAAACUUAUGGUGUGUAUACCUAUAUUUUGUGA